AUGAUUUGGAUGACAGUGGAGUUACCGUACAACAUGACGUCCGAAGAAGUUAAGGCGAGCGAGGGUGAGGCUGCUGAUGCCGUCGAAGCAUCUUCGCCUCCUGCUGCUGCUCCUCCAAGCGAUGAUGCCGCUGCGGCUGCUACUGACGACGCGGCGGCGAAUCCUGACGCUGAACCGGCGAGCACGAACGGCGAGCCGGCAAACGAUAACGGCGAACCCGCUAAAGCAGACGGCGAGGAGCCGAAGGCCGAAGCCGAGCCUGCGACGACGCCUGCGAAAGAUGAAUCGGCUCCUGCGAAGGAUGCGACGGAGCCUGCGAAGGCGGAUGAGAAGCCGGCGGGCGAGGAAGGCACGGGACAGCGGCGACGGAAGCGCAAGAGCCUUUGGGACACAGAGGGCCCUGACGGCAAGAAAAUCGAGUCGCCUGCUGUCCUCGCGUCACCGGCCACUCCCAGCGCAGCCGGCAUUCUGCCCGCGAUUCCCGGUGUUCCCGGCCUGCCAUUGGGCGCGGGCAUUCUCCCCGGCGCCGCUGCGGCGAUGAUGAUGCCCGGAGCGGCCAUGGCGCAGCAGGCGCAGCUGCUGCAGCAACAGCAGCUUCUGCAGAUGCGAGCACUGGCUCAGGCGAAGAUGGCGGAGGCAGCAGCGGUGCAGCAGCAGCAGGCCACAACGACCCAGUCGAAUGCCCAGUGCCGCGUGUACGUGGGGAGCAUCUUCUACGACCUCACAGAGGCCGACAUUCUCCUCGCCUUCUCGCCCUUCGGCCCCAUCACCAAGAUCGACAUGCCUAAGGACGCGAGCACGGGCAAGCACAAGGGCUUCUGUUUCAUCGAGUUUACCAACCCUGAGACUGCCUCUACUGCUAUCGCUGCUAUGAACGACUUUACCCUCGCUGGCCGGCGAAUCAAGGUCGGCCGUCCCAACAACAUUGCUUCCCCUUCGCCUGCUGCGCAGACCAUUGCGAACCCUCUCGCGUUCAGCCAAGCUGCACUGGCUGCUCCCAACCCCAACCUCCUCGCCACCGCAAAGCUCCAGGCUCAGGUGAUUGCGAGCAGCAUCAACCAGAAGGUGCCAGGAGUUGCCGAGGUGCCGCAGAAGCCAGCAGUGAACACGCGCGUGUAUGUGGGCUCGAUCGUGUACGACCUUGCAGAGCCGGAUAUCAUGGCCAUCUUCCAGGCCUUCGGCCCCAUCAAGAAGCUAGCAGUGAACACGCGCGUGUAUGUGGGCUCCAUCGUGUACGACCUCGCAGAGCCAAACAUCAUGGCCAUCUUCCAGGCCUUCGGCCCCAUCAAGUGUGCAUCCCUUCCUCCCUCUCUCCCCUCCCCUCCCUCCCCGUAUCCCUUCUUCCCUCUUCCCACUUCCCCUCCUCGCUUUUUCCCCCUUCUUACUGUGCGCGCUCCUUGCAGGUUUGAGACGGAGGAAGCAGCCAAGGGUGCCAUCCAGUGCAUGAACGACAGCUCAAGGUGUGUGGCCAGCUCAAGGUGUGUGGCAGGCAGCUCAAGGUGUGUGGCAGACAGCUCAAGGUGUGUGGCAGACAGCUCAAGGUGUGUGGCAGACAGCUCAAGGUGUGUGGCAGACAGCUCAAGGUGUGUGGCAGACAGCUCAAGGUGUGUGGCAGACAGCUCAAGGUGUGUGGCAGACAGCUCAAGGUGUGUGGCAGACAGCUCAAGGUGUGUGGCAGACAGCUCAAGGUGUGUGGCAGACAGCUCAAGGUGUGUGGCAGACAGCUCAAGGUGUGUGGCAGACAGCUCAAGGUGUGUGGCAGACAGCUCAAGGUGUGUGGCAGACAGCUCAAGGUGUGUGGCAGACAGCUCAAGGUGUGUGGCAGACAGCUCAAGGUGUGUGGCAGACAGCUCAAGGUGUGUGGCAGACAGCUCAAGGUGUGUGGCAGACAGCUCAAGGUGUGUGGCAGACAGCUCAAGGUGUGUGGCAGACAGCUCAAGGUGUGUGGCAGACAGCUCAAGGUGUGUGGCAGACAGCUCAAGGUGUGUGGCAGACAGCUCAAGGUGUGUGGCAGACAGCUCAAGGUGUGUGGCAGACAGCUCAAGGUGUGUGGCAGACAGCUCAAGGUGUGUGGCAGACAGCUCAAGGUGUGUGGCAGACAGCUCAAGGUGUGUGGCAGACAGCUCAAGGUGUGUGGCAGACAGCUCAAGGUGUGUGGCAGACAGCUCAAGGUGUGUGGCAGACAGCUCAAGGUGUGUGGCAGACAGCUCAAGGUGUGUGGCAGACAGCUCAAGGUGUGUGGCAGGCAGCUCAAGGUGUGUGGCAGGCAGCUCAAGGUGUGUGGCAGGCAGCUCAAGGUGUGUGGCAGGCAGCUCAAGGUGUGUGGCAGGACAGCUCAAGGUGUGUGGCAGACAGCUCAAGGUGUGUGGCAGCAGCUCAAGGUGUGUGGCAGGCAGCUCAAGGUGUGUGGCAGGCAGCUCAAGGUGUGUGGCAGGCAGCUCAAGGUGUGUGGCAGACAGCUCAAGGUGUGUGGCAGACAGCUCAAGGUGUGUGGCAGACAGCUCAAGGUGUGUGGCAGACAGCUCAAGGUGUGUGGCAGACAGCUCAAGGUGUGUGGCAGACAGCUCAAGGUGUGUGGCAGACAGCUCAAGGUGUGUGGCAGACAGCUCAAGGUGUGUGGCAGACAGCUCAAGGUGUGUGGCAGACAGCUCAAGACAGCUCAAGGUGUGUGGCAGACAGCUCAAGGUGUGUGGCAGACAGCUCAAGGUGUGUGGCAGACAGCUCAAGGUGUGUGGCAGCAGCUCAAGGUGUGUGGCAGACAGCUCAAGGUGUGUGGCAGGCAGCUCAAGGUGUGUGGCAGGCAGCUCAAGGUGUGUGGCAGGCAGCUCAAGGUGUGUGGCAGGCAGCUCAAGGUGUGUGGCAGGCAGCUCAAGGUGUGUGGCAGACAGCUCAAGGUGUGUGGCAGACAGCUCAAGGUGUGUGGCAGGCAGCUCAAGGUGUGUGGCAGACAGCUCAAGGUGUGUGGCAGGCAGCUCAAGGUGUGUGGCAGACAGCUCAAGGUGUGUGGCAGACAGCUCAAGGUGUGUGGCAGACAGCUCAAGGUGUGUGGCAGGCAGCUCAAGGUGUGUGGCAGACAGCUCAAGGUGUGUGGCAGACAGCUCAAGGUGUGUGGCAGGCAGCUCAAGGUGUGUGGCAGGCAGCUCAAGGUGUGUGGCAGGCAGCUCAAGGUGUGUGGCAGGCAGCUCAAGGUGUGUGGCAGGCAGCUCAAGGUGUGUGGCAGGCAGCUCAAGGUGUGUGGCAGACAGCUCAAGGUGUGUGGCAGGCAGCUCAAGGUGUGUGGCAGACAGCUCAAGGUGUGUGGCAGGCAGCUCAAGGUGUGUGGCAGACAGCUCAAGGUGUGUGGCAGACAGCUCAAGGUGUGUGGCAGGCAGCUCAAGGUGUGUGGCAGGCAGCUCAAGGUGUGUGGCAGACAGCUCAAGGUGUGUGGCAGACAGCUCAAGCUCAAGGUGUGUGGCAGGCAGCUCAAGGUGUGUGGCAGGCAGCUCAAGGUGUGUGGCAGGCAGCUCAAGGUGUGUGGCAGGCAGCUCAAGGUGUGUGGCAGACAGCUCAAGGUGUGUGGCAGACAGCUCAAGGUGUGUGGCAGACAGCUCAAGGUGUGUGGCAGACAGCUCAAGGUGUGUGGCAGACAGCUCAAGGUGUGUGGCAGACAGCUCAAGGUGUGUGGCAGACAGCUCAAGGUGUGUGGCAGACAGCUCAAGGUGUGUGGCAGACAGCUCAAGGUGUGUGGCAGGCAGCUCAAGGUGUGUGGCAGGCAGCUCAAGGUGUGUGGCAGACAGCUCAAGACAGCUCAAGGUGUGUGGCAGACAGCUCAAGGUGUGUGGCAGACAGCUCAAGGUGUGUGGCAGGCAGCUCAAGGUGUGUGGCAGGCAGCUCAAGGUGUGUGGCAGGCAGCUCAAGGUGUGUGGCAGGCAGCUCAAGGUGUGUGGCAGCAGCUCAAGGUGUGUGGCAGACAGCUCAAGGUGUGUGGCAGACAGCUCAAGGUGUGUGGCAGACAGCUCAAGGUGUGUGGCAGACAGCUCAAGGUGUGUGGCAGACAGCUCAAGGUGUGUGGCAGACAGCUCAAGGUGUGUGGCAGACAGCUCAAGGUGUGUGGCAGACAGCUCAAGGUGUGUGGCAGACAGCUCAAGGUGUGUGGCAGACAGCUCAAGGUGUGUGGCAGACAGCUCAAGGUGUGUGGCAGACAGCUCAAGGUGUGUGGCAGACAGCUCAAGGUGUGUGGCAGACAGCUCAAGGUGUGUGGCAGGCAGCUCAAGCUCAAGGUGUGUGGCAGACAGCUCAAGGUGUGUGGCAGACAGCUCAAGGUGUGUGGCAGGCAGCUCAAGGUGUGUGGCAGGCAGCUCAAGGUGUGUGGCAGGCAGCUCAAGGUGUGUGGCAGGCAGCUCAAGGUGUGUGGCAGGCAGCUCAAGGUGUGUGGCAGACAGCUCAAGGUGUGUGGCAGACAGCUCAAGGUGUGUGGCAGACAGCUCAAGGUGUGUGGCAGACAGCUCAAGGUGUGUGGCAGACAGCUCAAGGUGUGUGGCAGACAGCUCAAGGUGUGUGGCAGGCAGCUCAAGGUGUGUGGCAGACAGCUCAAGGUGUGUGGCAGACAGCUCAAGGUGUGUGGCAGACAGCUCAAGGUGUGUGGCAGACAGCUCAAGGUGUGUGGCAGACAGCUCAAGGUGUGUGGCAGGCAGCUCAAGGUGUGUGGCAGACAGCUCAAGGUGUGUGGCAGACAGCUCAAGGUGUGUGGCAGGCAGCUCAAGGUGUGUGGCAGGCAGCUCAAGGUGUGUGGCAGGCAGCUCAAGGUGUGUGGCAGGCAGCUCAAGGUGUGUGGCAGGCAGCUCAAGGUGUGUGGCAGGCAGCUCAAGGUGUGUGGCAGGCAGCUCAAGGUGUGUGGCAGGCAGCUCAAGGUGUGUGGCAGACAGCUCAAGGUGUGUGGCAGGCAGCUCAAGGUGUGUGGCAGGCAGCUCAAGGUGUGUGGCAGGCAGCUCAAGGUGUGUGGCAGGCAGCUCAAGGUGUGUGGCAGGCAGCUCAAGGUGUGUGGCAGGCAGCUCAAGGUGUGUGGCAGACAGCUCAAGGUGUGUGGCAGGCAGCUCAAGGUGUGUGGCAGACAGCUCAAGGUGUGUGGCAGGCAGCUCAAGGUGUGUGGCAGGCAGCUCAAGGUGUGUGGCAGACAGCUCAAGGUGUGUGGCAGGCAGCUCAAGGUGUGUGGCAGGCAGCUCAAGGUGUGUGGCAGGCAGCUCAAGGUGUGUGGCAGGCAGCUCAAGGUGUGUGGCAGGCAGCUCAAGGUGUGUGGCAGGCAGCUCAAGGUGUGUGGCAGGCAGCUCAAGGUGUGUGGCAGGCAGCUCAAGGUGUGUGGCAGACAGCUCAAGGUGUGUGGCAGACAGCUCAAGGUGUGUGGCAGACAGCUCAAGGUGUGUGGCAGACAGCUCAAGGUGUGUGGCAGACAGCUCAAGGUGUGUGGCAGGCAGCUCAAGGUGUGUGGCAGGCAGCUCAAGGUGUGUGGCAGGCAGCUCAAGGUGUGUGGCAGGCAGCUCAAGGUGUGUGGCAGACAGCUCAAGGUGUGUGGCAGACAGCUCAAGGUGUGUGGCAGACAGCUCAAGGUGUGUGGCAGACAGCUCAAGGUGUGUGGCAGACAGCUCAAGGUGUGUGGCAGACAGCUCAAGGUGUGUGGCAGACAGCUCAAGGUGUGUGGCAGACAGCUCAAGGUGUGUGGCAGACAGCUCAAGGUGUGUGGCAGACAGCUCAAGGUGUGUGGCAGACAGCUCAAGGUGUGUGGCAGACAGCUCAAGGUGUGUGGCAGACAGCUCAAGGUGUGUGGCAGACAGCUCAAGGUGUGUGGCAGACAGCUCAAGGUGUGUGGCAGGCAGCUCAAGGUGUGUGGCAGACAGCUCAAGGUGUGUGGCAGACAGCUCAAGGUGUGUGGCAGACAGCUCAAGGUGUGUGGCAGACAGCUCAAGGUGUGUGGCAGACAGCUCAAGGUGUGUGGCAGACAGCUCAAGGUGUGUGGCAGACAGCUCAAGGUGUGUGGCAGACAGCUCAAGGUGUGUGGCAGGCAGCUCAAGGUGUGUGGCAGGCAGCUCAAGGUGUGUGGCAGGCAGCUCAAGGUGUGUGGCAGGCAGCUCAAGGUGUGUGGCAGACAGCUCAAGGUGUGUGGCAGGCAGCUCAAGGUGUGUGGCAGGCAGCUCAAGGUGUGUGGCAGGCAGCUCAAGGUGUGUGGCAGGCAGCUCAAGGUGUGUGGCAGGCAGCUCAAGGUGUGUGGCAGGCAGCUCAAGGUGUGUGGCAGGCAGCUCAAGGUGUGUGGCAGGCAGCUCAAGGUGUGUGGCAGGCAGCUCAAGGUGUGUGGCAGGCAGCUCAAGGUGUGUGGCAGACAGCUCAAGGUGUGUGGCAGACAGCUCAAGGUGUGUGGCAGACAGCUCAAGGUGUGUGGCAGACAGCUCAAGGUGUGUGGCAGACAGCUCAAGGUGUGUGGCAGACAGCUCAAGGUGUGUGGCAGACAGCUCAAGGUGUGUGGCAGACAGCUCAAGGUGUGUGGCAGACAGCUCAAGGUGUGUGGCAGACAGCUCAAGGUGUGUGGCAGACAGCUCAAGGUGUGUGGCAGACAGCUCAAGGUGUGUGGCAGACAGCUCAAGGUGUGUGGCAGACAGCUCAAGGUGUGUGGCAGACAGCUCAAGGUGUGUGGCAGACAGCUCAAGGUGUGUGGCAGACAGCUCAAGGUGUGUGGCAGACAGCUCAAGGUGUGUGGCAGACAGCUCAAGGUGUGUGGCAGACAGCUCAAGGUGUGUGGCAGACAGCUCAAGGUGUGUGGCAGACAGCUCAAGGUGUGUGGCAGACAGCUCAAGGUGUGUGGCAGACAGCUCAAGGUGUGUGGCAGACAGCUCAAGGUGUGUGGCAGACAGCUCAAGGUGUGUGGCAGACAGCUCAAGGUGUGUGGCAGACAGCUCAAGGUGUGUGGCAGACAGCUCAAGGUGUGUGGCAGACAGCUCAAGGUGUGUGGCAGACAGCUCAAGGUGUGUGGCAGACAGCUCAAGGUGUGUGGCAGACAGCUCAAGGUGUGUGGCAGACAGCUCAAGGUGUGUGGCAGACAGCUCAAGGUGUGUGGCAGGCAGCUCAAGGUGUGUGGCAGGCAGCUCAAGCUCAAGGUGUGUGGCAGACAGCUCAAGGUGUGUGGCAGACAGCUCAAGGUGUGUGGCAGGCAGCUCAAGGUGUGUGGCAGGCAGCUCAAGGUGUGUGGCAGGCAGCUCAAGGUGUGUGGCAGGCAGCUCAAGGUGUGUGGCAGACAGCUCAAGGUGUGUGGCAGACAGCUCAAGGUGUGUGGCAGACAGCUCAAGGUGUGUGGCAGACAGCUCAAGGUGUGUGGCAGACAGCUCAAGGUGUGUGGCAGACAGCUCAAGGUGUGUGGCAGACAGCUCAAGCUCAAGGUGUGUGGCAGGCAGCUCAAGGUGUGUGGCAGGCAGCUCAAGGUGUGUGGCAGACAGCUCAAGGUGUGUGGCAGGCAGCUCAAGGUGUGUGGCAGACAGCUCAAGGUGUGUGGCAGACAGCUCAAGGUGUGUGGCAGGCAGCUCAAGGUGUGUGGCAGGCAGCUCAAGGUGUGUGGCAGACAGCUCAAGGUGGGUGGCAGACAGCUCAAGGUGUGUGGCAGGCAGCUCAAGGUGUGUGGCAGGCAGCUCAAGGUGUGUGGCAGACAGCUCAAGGUGUGUGGCAGGCAGCUCAAGGUGUGUGGCAGGCAGCUCAAGGUGUGUGGCAGGCAGCUCAAGGUGUGUGGCAGGCAGCUCAAGGUGUGUGGCAGGCAGCUCAAGGUGUGUGGCAGGCAGCUCAAGGUGUGUGGCAGGCAGCUCAAGGUGUGUGGCAGGCAGCUCAAGGUGUGUGGCAGGCAGCUCAAGGUGUGUGGCAGGCAGCUCAAGGCAGCUCAAGGUGUGUGGCAGGCAGCUCAAGGUGUGUGGCAGGCAGCUCAAGGUGUGUGGCAGGCAGCUCAAGGUGUGUGGCAGGCAGCUCAAGGUGUGUGGCAGGCAGCUCAAGGUGUGUGGCAGCAGCUCAAGGUGUGUGGCAGACAGCUCAAGGUGUGUGGCAGACAGCUCAAGGUGUGUGGCAGACAGCUCAAGGUGUGUGGCAGACAGCUCAAGGUGUGUGGCAGACAGCUCAAGGUGUGUGGCAGACAGCUCAAGGUGUGUGGCAGACAGCUCAAGGUGUGUGGCAGACAGCUCAAGGUGUGUGGCAGACAGCUCAAGGUGUGUGGCAGACAGCUCAAGGUGUGUGGCAGACAGCUCAAGGUGUGUGGCAGACAGCUCAAGGUGUGUGGCAGACAGCUCAAGGUGUGUGGCAGACAGCUCAAGGUGUGUGGCAGGCAGCUCAAGGUGUGUGGCAGGCAGCUCAAGGUGUGUGGCAGGCAGCUCAAGGUGUGUGGCAGGCAGCUCAAGGUGUGUGGCAGGCAGCUCAAGGUGUGUGGCAGACAGCUCAAGGUGUGUGGCAGACAGCUCAAGGUGUGUGGCAGGCAGCUCAAGGUGUGUGGCAGGCAGCUCAAGGUGUGUGGCAGGCAGCUCAAGGUGUGUGGCAGGCAGCUCAAGGUGUGUGGCAGACAGCUCAAGGUGUGUGGCAGACAGCUCAAGGUGUGUGGCAGACAGCUCAAGGUGUGUGGCAGACAGCUCAAGGUGUGUGGCAGACAGCUCAAGGUGUGUGGCAGACAGCUCAAGGUGUGUGGCAGACAGCUCAAGGUGUGUGGCAGACAGCUCAAGGUGUGUGGCAGACAGCUCAAGGUGUGUGGCAGACAGCUCAAGGUGUGUGGCAGACAGCUCAAGGUGUGUGGCAGACAGCUCAAGGUGUGUGGCAGGCAGCUCAAGGUGUGUGGCAGACAGCUCAAGGUGUGUGGCAGGCAGCUCAAGGUGUGUGGCAGACAGCUCAAGGUGUGUGGCAGGCAGCUCAAGGUGUGUGGCAGGCAGCUCAAGGUGUGUGGCAGACAGCUCAAGGUGUGUGGCAGACAGCUCAAGGUGUGUGGCAGACAGCUCAAGGUGUGUGGCAGGCAGCUCAAGGUGUGUGGCAGACAGCUCAAGGUGUGUGGCAGACAGCUCAAGGUGUGUGGCAGACAGCUCAAGGUGUGUGGCAGACAGCUCAAGGUGUGUGGCAGACAGCUCAAGGUGUGUGGCAGACAGCUCAAGGUGUGUGGCAGACAGCUCAAGGUGUGUGGCAGACAGCUCAAGGUGUGUGGCAGACAGCUCAAGGUGUGUGGCAGACAGCUCAAGGUGUGUGGCAGACAGCUCAAGGUGUGUGGCAGACAGCUCAAGGUGUGUGGCAGACAGCUCAAGGUGUGUGGCAGACAGCUCAAGGUGUGUGGCAGGCAGCUCAAGGUGUGUGGCAGACAGCUCAAGGUGUGUGGCAGGCAGCUCAAGGUGUGUGGCAGGCAGCUCAAGGUGUGUGGCAGACAGCUCAAGGUGUGUGGCAGGCAGCUCAAGGUGUGUGGCAGACAGCUCAAGGUGUGUGGCAGACAGCUCAAGGUGUGUGGCAGACAGCUCAAGGUGUGUGGCAGACAGCUCAAGGUGUGUGGCAGACAGCUCAAGGUGUGUGGCAGACAGCUCAAGGUGUGUGGCAGACAGCUCAAGGUGUGUGGCAGACAGCUCAAGGUGUGUGGCAGACAGCUCAAGGUGUGUGGCAGACAGCUCAAGGUGUGUGGCAGACAGCUCAAGGUGUGUGGCAGACAGCUCAAGGUGUGUGGCAGACAGCUCAAGGUGUGUGGCAGACAGCUCAAGGUGUGUGGCAGACAGCUCAAGGUGUGUGGCAGACAGCUCAAGGUGUGUGGCAGCCAGCUCAAGGUGUGUGGCAGACAGCUCAAGGUGUGUGGCAGGCAGCUCAAGGUGUGUGGCAGGCAGCUCAAGGUGUGUGGCAGGCAGCUCAAGGUGUGUGGCAGGCAGCUCAAGGUGUGUGGCAGGCAGCUCAAGGUGUGUGGCAGACAGCUCAAGGUGUGUGGCAGACAGCUCAAGGUGUGUGGCAGACAGCUCAAGGUGUGUGGCAGGCAGCUCAAGGUGUGUGGCAGGCAGCUCAAGGUGUGUGGCAGGCAGCUCAAGGUGUGUGGCAGGCAGCUCAAGGUGUGUGGCAGACAGCUCAAGGUGUGUGGCAGACAGCUCAAGGUGUGUGGCAGACAGCUCAAGGUGUGUGGCAGACAGCUCAAGGUGUGUGGCAGACAGCUCAAGGUGUGUGGCAGACAGCUCAAGGUGUGUGGCAGACAGCUCAAGGUGUGUGGCAGACAGCUCAAGGUGUGUGGCAGACAGCUCAAGGUGUGUGGCAGGCAGCUCAAGGUGUGUGGCAGACAGCUCAAGGUGUGUGGCAGGCAGCUCAAGGUGUGUGGCAGGCAGCUCAAGGUGUGUGGCAGACAGCUCAAGGUGUGUGGCAGACAGCUCAAGGUGUGUGGCAGACAGCUCAAGGUGGGUGGCAGGCAGCUCAAGGUGUGUGGCAGACAGCUCAAGGUGUGUGGCAGGCAGCUCAAGGUGUGUGGCAGGCAGCUCAAGGUGUGUGGCAGGCAGCUCAAGGUGUGUGGCAGGCAGCUCAAGGUGUGUGGCAGGCAGCUCAAGGUGUGUGGCAGACAGCUCAAGGUGGGUGGCAGACAGCUCAAGGUGGGUGGCAGGCAGCUCAAGGUGUGUGGCAGGCAGCUCAAGGUGUGUGGCAGGCAGCUCAAGACAGCUCAAGGUGGUGGCAGGCAGCUCAAGGUGUGUGGCAGGCAGCUCAAGGUGUGUGGCAGGCAGCUCAAGGUGUGUGGCAGGCAGCUCAAGGUGUGUGGCAGGCAGCUCAAGGUGUGUGGCAGACAGCUCAAGGUGUGUGGCAGGCAGCUCAAGGUGUGUGGCAGGCAGCUCAAGGUGUGUGGCAGGCAGCUCAAGGUGUGUGGCAGACAGCUCAAGGUGUGUGGCAGACAGCUCAAGGUGUGUGGCAGACAGCUCAAGGUGUGUGGCAGGCAGCUCAAGGUGUGUGGCAGGCAGCUCAAGGUGUGUGGCAGGCAGCUCAAGGUGUGUGGCAGGCAGCUCAAGGUGUGUGGCAGGCAGCUCAAGGUGUGUGGCAGGCAGCUCAAGGUGUGUGGCAGGCAGCUCAAGGUGUGUGGCAGACAGCUCAAGGUGUGUGGCAGACAGCUCAAGGUGUGUGGCAGACAGCUCAAGGCAGCUCAAGGUGGGUGGCAGGCAGCUCAAGGUGGGUGGCAGGCAGCUCAAGGUGUGUGGCAGGCAGCUCAAGGUGUGUGGCAGACAGCUCAAGGUGUGUGGCAGGCAGCUCAAGGUGUGUGGCAGGCAGCUCAAGGUGUGUGGCAGGCAGCUCAAGGUGUGUGGCAGGCAGCUCAAGGUGUGUGGCAGGCAGCUCAAGGUGUGUGGCAGGCAGCUCAAGGUGUGUGGCAGACAGCUCAAGGUGGGUGGCAGACAGCUCAAGGUGGGUGGCAGGCAGCUCAAGGUGUGUGGCAGGCAGCUCAAGGUGUGUGGCAGGCAGCUCAAGGUGUGUGGCAGGCAGCUCAAGGUGUGUGGCAGACAGCUCAAGGUGUGUGGCAGACAGCUCAAGGUGGGUGGCAGACAGCUCAAGGUGUGUGGCAGACAGCUCAAGGUGUGUGGCAGACAGCUCAAGGUGUGUGGCAGACAGCUCAAGGUGUGUGGCAGCAGCUCAAGGUGUGUGGCAGACAGCUCAAGGUGUGUGGCAGACAGCUCAAGGUGUGUGGCAGACAGCUCAAGGUGUGUGGCAGACAGCUCAAGGUGUGUGGCAGACAGCUCAAGGUGUGUGGCAGACAGCUCAAGGUGUGUGGCAGACAGCUCAAGGUGUGUGGCAGACAGCUCAAGGUGUGUGGCAGACAGCUCAAGGUGUGUGGCAGACAGCUCAAGGUGUGUGGCAGACAGCUCAAGGUGUGUGGCAGACAGCUCAAGGUGUGUGGCAGACAGCUCAAGGUGUGUGGCAGACAGCUCAAGGUGUGUGGCAGACAGCUCAAGGUGUGUGGCAGACAGCUCAAGGUGUGUGGCAGACAGCUCAAGGUGUGUGGCAGACAGCUCAAGGUGUGUGGCAGACAGCUCAAGGUGUGUGGCAGACAGCUCAAGGUGUGUGGCAGACAGCUCAAGGUGUGUGGCAGACAGCUCAAGGUGUGUGGCAGACAGCUCAAGGUGUGUGGCAGACAGCUCAAGGUGUGUGGCAGACAGCUCAAGGUGUGUGGCAGACAGCUCAAGGUGUGUGGCAGACAGCUCAAGGUGUGUGGCAGACAGCUCAAGGUGUGUGGCAGACAGCUCAAGGUGUGUGGCAGACAGCUCAAGGUGUGUGGCAGACAGCUCAAGGUGUGUGGCAGACAGCUCAAGGUGUGUGGCAGACAGCUCAAGGUGUGUGGCAGACAGCUCAAGGUGUGUGGCAGACAGCUCAAGGUGUGUGGCAGACAGCUCAAGGUGUGUGGCAGACAGCUCAAGGUGUGUGGCAGACAGCUCAAGACAGCUCAAGGUGUGUGGCAGACAGCUCAAGGUGUGUGGCAGACAGCUCAAGGUGGUGGCAGACAGCUCAAGGUGUGUGGCAGACAGCUCAAGGUGUGUGGCAGACAGCUCAAGGUGUGUGGCAGACAGCUCAAGGUGUGUGGCAGACAGCUCAAGGUGUGUGGCAGACAGCUCAAGGUGUGUGGCAGACAGCUCAAGGUGUGUGGCAGACAGCUCAAGGUGUGUGGCAGACAGCUCAAGGUGUGUGGCAGACAGCUCAAGGUGUGUGGCAGACAGCUCAAGGUGUGUGGCAGACAGCUCAAGGUGUGUGGCAGACAGCUCAAGGUGUGUGGCAGACAGCUCAAGGUGUGUGGCAGACAGCUCAAGGUGUGUGGCAGACAGCUCAAGGUGUGUGGCAGACAGCUCAAGGUGUGUGGCAGACAGCUCAAGGUGGUGGCAGACAGCUCAAGGUGUGUGGCAGACAGCUCAAGGUGUGUGGCAGACAGCUCAAGGUGGUGGCAGACAGCUCAAGGUGUGUGGCAGACAGCUCAAGGUGUGUGGCAGACAGCUCAAGACAGCUCAAGGUGUGUGGCAGACAGCUCAAGGUGUGUGGCAGACAGCUCAAGGUGUGUGGCAGACAGCUCAAGGUGUGUGGCAGACAGCUCAAGGUGUGUGGCAGACAGCUCAAGGUGUGUGGCAGACAGCUCAAGGUGUGUGGCAGACAGCUCAAGGUGUGUGGCAGACAGCUCAAGGUGUGUGGCAGACAGCUCAAGGUGUGUGGCAGACAGCUCAAGGUGUGUGGCAGACAGCUCAAGGUGUGUGGCAGACAGCUCAAGGUGUGUGGCAGACAGCUCAAGGUGUGUGGCAGACAGCUCAAGGUGUGUGGCAGACAGCUCAAGGUGUGUGGCAGACAGCUCAAGGUGUGUGGCAGACAGCUCAAGGUGUGUGGCAGACAGCUCAAGGUGUGUGGCAGACAGCUCAAGGUGUGUGGCAGACAGCUCAAGGUGUGUGGCAGACAGCUCAAGGUGUGUGGCAGACAGCUCAAGGUGUGUGGCAGACAGCUCAAGGUGUGUGGCAGACAGCUCAAGGUGUGUGGCAGCAGCUCAAGGUGUGUGGCAGGCAGCUCAAGGUGUGUGGCAGACAGCUCAAGGUGUGUGGCAGACAGCUCAAGGUGUGUGGCAGACAGCUCAAGGUGUGUGGCAGACAGCUCAAGGUGUGUGGCAGACAGCUCAAGGUGGUGGCAGACAGCUCAAGGUGUGUGGCAGACAGCUCAAGGUGUGUGGCAGACAGCUCAAGGUGUGUGGCAGACAGCUCAAGGUGUGUGGCAGACAGCUCAAGGUGUGUGGCAGACAGCUCAAGGUGUGUGGCAGACAGCUCAAGGUGUGUGGCAGACAGCUCAAGGUGUGUGGCAGACAGCUCAAGGUGUGUGGCAGACAGCUCAAGGUGUGUGGCAGACAGCUCAAGGUGUGUGGCAGACAGCUCAAGGUGUGUGGCAGACAGCUCAAGGUGUGUGGCAGACAGCUCAAGGUGUGUGGCAGACAGCUCAAGGUGUGUGGCAGACAGCUCAAGGUGUGUGGCAGACAGCUCAAGGUGUGUGGCAGACAGCUCAAGGUGUGUGGCAGACAGCUCAAGGUGUGUGGCAGACAGCUCAAGGUGUGUGGCAGACAGCUCAAGGUGUGUGGCAGACAGCUCAAGGUGUGUGGCAGACAGCUCAAGGUGUGUGGCAGACAGCUCAAGGUGUGUGGCAGACAGCUCAAGGUGUGUGGCAGACAGCUCAAGGUGUGUGGCAGACAGCUCAAGGUGUGUGGCAGACAGCUCAAGGUGUGUGGCAGACAGCUCAAGGUGUGUGGCAGACAGCUCAAGGUGUGUGGCAGACAGCUCAAGGUGUGUGGCAGACAGCUCAAGGUGUGUGGCAGACAGCUCAAGGUGUGUGGCAGACAGCUCAAGGUGUGUGGCAGACAGCUCAAGGUGUGUGGCAGACAGCUCAAGGUGUGUGGCAGACAGCUCAAGGUGUGUGGCAGACAGCUCAAGGUGUGUGGCAGACAGCUCAAGGUGUGUGGCAGACAGCUCAAGGUGUGUGGCAGACAGCUCAAGGUGUGUGGCAGACAGCUCAAGGUGGGUGGCAGACAGCUCAAGGUGGUGGCAGACAGCUCAAGGUGUGUGGCAGACAGCUCAAGGUGUGUGGCAGACAGCUCAAGGUGUGUGGCAGACAGCUCAAGGUGGGUGGCAGACAGCUCAAGGUGUGUGGCAGACAGCUCAAGGUGUGUGGCAGACAGCUCAAGGUGUGUGGCAGACAGCUCAAGGUGGUGGCAGACAGCUCAAGGUGUGUGGCAGACAGCUCAAGGUGUGUGGCAGACAGCUCAAGGUGGUGGCAGACAGCUCAAGGUGUGUGGCAGACAGCUCAAGGUGUGUGGCAGACAGCUCAAGGUGUGUGGCAGACAGCUCAAGGUGUGUGGCAGACAGCUCAAGGUGUGUGGCAGACAGCUCAAGGUGUGUGGCAGACAGCUCAAGGUGUGUGGCAGACAGCUCAAGGUGUGUGGCAGACAGCUCAAGGUGUGUGGCAGACAGCUCAAGGUGUGUGGCAGACAGCUCAAGGUGUGUGGCAGACAGCUCAAGGUGUGUGGCAGACAGCUCAAGGUGUGUGGCAGACAGCUCAAGGUGUGUGGCAGACAGCUCAAGGUGUGUGGCAGACAGCUCAAGGUGUGUGGCAGACAGCUCAAGGUGUGUGGCAGACAGCUCAAGGUGUGUGGCAGACAGCUCAAGGUGUGUGGCAGACAGCUCAAGGUGUGUGGCAGACAGCUCAAGGUGUGUGGCAGACAGCUCAAGGUGUGUGGCAGGCAGCUCAAGGUGUGUGGCAGGCAGCUCAAGGUGUGUGGCAGGCAGCUCAAGGUGUGUGGCAGACAGCUCAAGGUGUGUGGCAGACAGCUCAAGGUGUGUGGCAGACAGCUCAAGGUGUGUGGCAGACAGCUCAAGGUGUGUGGCAGACAGCUCAAGGUGUGUGGCAGACAGCUCAAGGUGUGUGGCAGACAGCUCAAGGUGUGUGGCAGACAGCUCAAGGUGUGUGGCAGACAGCUCAAGGUGUGUGGCAGACAGCUCAAGGUGGGUGGCAGACUUUUCAGAUGGGUGGGUCGGGUGGGCUUCAGCUUCCCACGCUCCAACAGCUGCCUCACCAGCAACACCUGCCUCCCCUCGCCCUUCCCUCUCACGCACUUACCCUUGCUCCCGUCCCCCUUGCUCUGUUCCCCCUCUCUCCUCCCAGGUUGGAUGGGCUUCAGCCUCCCACGCCCCCUCAGCCGCCUCACCAGCAGCACCUGCCUUCCCAAGCGCCAUCCCAGGCAUGGCGGCUAUGUUGGAUGGGCUAUUCUCACGAGCGCUGCUGCUGCCCACUCACUCCCUUCCCCCCGUGCCACAGGUCGGAUGGGCCUCUGCCUCACAUGCCCCAAGCGCUGCUUCACCAGCGGCACCUGCCUUCCCAAGCGCCAUUCCAGGCAUGCCGGCUAUCCCGGGGUUCCCCGGUGCUGCCUUGCCAGCAGCAGCAGGAGGGGCGGGGCUGAUGGGAGCAGUGCCUGGCGCUGUCGCUGCUGCCUCCCCAGCAGAGGUACGACCUGCCUUCUCAGAUGGGCAUUUCCAUGCAGCAGCAUCACUGCCAGCUUCGCCCUGUCGCUGCAUUGUGAUGCGGAACAUGGUGACACCAGAGGAGGUGGAUGAUGACUUGCAGAGCGAGGUGACGGAUGAAUGUGGCAAGUUUGGCAAGGUGGAGCGAGUUGUCAUCUACCAGGAGCAACAAUCGGAGAAGCCAGGCGAUGCAAUUGUGAAGAUCUUUGUUCUCUUCUCAAGCACCCCAGAGGCACAGGCAGCACAGCAGUCGCUGCACAACAGAUGGUUCGGAGGCCGGCAGGUCAUUGCAAGCGGCGCUGGCAUGGGCGCCCAACAAGCCACUGGUGAUCGAGGAGGCGGAGGUGGCACCUUCUCACUUCAGUUUCUUCGUUACAAGGGCACGCCACCUGACCGCUUUCCUUACUGCUUCUCUCUUGACUUAUUGCGUGCAGCGGCGGUGGCAUGGGCCCUCAACAAGCCGCUGGUGAUCGAGGAGGUGGAGUCCCUGUGUGCAGCUGCGGUGGCGUGGGCGCCGAACAAGCCGCUGGUGAUUGAGGAGGUGGAGGUGGCGCCGCCACAGGCGGGGGAGGUGCGGAUCCGCAUCACACACACCGCGCUCUGCCACACCGACGCGUACACUCUGGACGGCCACGACCCCGAGGGGCUCUUCCCGUGCAUCCUGGGCCAUGAGGCUGCUGGCAUCGUGGAGAGUGUGGGUGAGGGUGUGACGAGUGUACAGCCGGGCGACCAUGUGAUUCCGUGCUACCAGGCGGAGUGCCGCGAGUGCAAGUUCUGCAAGUCCGGGAAGACCAACCUGUGCGGCAAGGUCCGCCCCGCCACUGGCCGUGGUGUGAUGCUGUCAGACGGAAAGCCGCGCUUCACCGUGCGAGGGGAGCCAAUCUACCACUUCAUGGGCACCAGCACGUUCAGCGAGUACACGGUGGUUCACGAUGUGUCUGUUGCCAAGAUCAACCCAGAGGCGCCCCUUGACAAAGUGUGCCUGCUGGGCUGUGGCAUCCCCACAGGGCUGGGAGCGGUGUGGAAUGCAGCCAAGGUUGAACCCGGGUCCACCGUUGCCAUCUUUGGCCUGGGCACUGUUGGGCUCGCGGUGGCGGAGGGGGCAAAGGCAGCCGGGGCAUCGCGCAUCAUAGGCGUUGAUAUCGACCCUGCAAAGUUCGACACAGCUAAGGCAUUUGGAAUGAGAGAGUUCGUGAAUCCCAAGGACCACAGCCGCCCCAUUCAAAAGGUGCUGGUCGAGAUGACGGACGGGGGAGUGGACUACAGCGUUGAGUGCAUCGGUAUCGUGGCAGUCAUGCGGGCAGCGCUGGAGUGCUGCUGCCAUCAAGAUCCCGCCUUCGGAGUGACCGAGUUUGUGAAUCCCAAGGACCACAGCCGGCCCAUUCAGGAAGUUAUUGUCGAGCUCACAGACGGGGGAGUGGACUACAGCUUUGAGUGCAUCGGCAAUGUGGCAGUCAUGCGAGCAGCCCUCGAGUGCUGCCACAAGGGGUGGGGCGAGUCGGUCAUCAUCGGGGUGGCAGCGGCAGGGCAGGAGAUCGCGACGCGGCCCUUCCAGCUGGUCACGGGGCGUGUGUGGCGCGGCACGGCGUUUGGCGGGUUUAAGAGCCGCACGGACGUGCCCCAGCUGGUCGAUAAGUACUUGAACAAGGAAAUUAAGGUAGACGAAUACAUCACACACAACCUGCCCCUUUCGAAGAUCAGCGAGGCCUUUGACUUGCUGCAUGGGGGCAAGUGCUUGCGCGCCGUGAUCCACAUGCAGGAGGAGCAGUGA